AUGGUGGAUCAGCCACUUCUACAGGUAGCAGUCCCACAAGGGACACUUCUGGGAAUGCUUAUCCAAACCCAUACAAUCAAGGAAAUCGGAACUGGAGUGCGACCUGAAUACCCCUCGGGACAGGGGGAUUUUGGCUUGAAUACACAUAUGCCAAACAACCCGUCUUACCCAGAUAGUCGUACCAAAUCAGGAGGAAUUGGAUCAGGCACACAAAUCAAUCCACCUUACCCCGGUGGUAUAGGACAAGGAGCUGGGUCAGGCGCACGAGAUUAUAAUACAACUUAUCCUGGAGGAGGUGUUGGCUCAGGGAUAGGGUCAGGCGCGAAUAAUUCAUAUGGUGGUGGCACACAGCAAGGUGUAAUUGGGACAGGGGCACGACCGGAUUACGGCACAUCUUACCCCGGAGGGGGUGUUGGCUCAGGAGCAUAUCCAGGCUACUCCCAGGUUGGCGGAGGCACCGCAUCCUAUACGUCACAAUACACAGGCACACGACCAUCUGAUCAAGGCCCUCCACCUUUGGCUAGUGAAUACCCUGGCAUGAAAAGGGAUCCGGAAGCGCGCAUGAAUGAAAGAUGUCAAUUGAAGGUAGAGGCACAUACUCACGUCUACAUCUUCACUUAUACCAUACAGUAA